AACUGUGGGCACAUUGUCAUUAGCGAGAUGGAAGGAAGACUCAGCGUGAUGGGCGUGGGGGUGGCGACCCUCUCGAUCUUUGCCCUUCUAUUUUCAUCAGUCUCCUCCCACGACUUCCCCACCGACGGCACCGUUCUCGAACUCCAUGAUUCCAACUUCGAUUCCGCCAUUUCUGCCUUCGACUUUAUCCUCGUCGACUUCUACGCCCCUUGGUGCGGUCACUGCAAGCGUCUCGCUCCCGAGUUAGAUGCAGCUGCUCCCGUUCUUGCCAGUCUGAAGGAACCCAUUGUGAUUGCUAAAGUAAAUGCUGACAAAUUUACCCGCCUUGCUGUUAAAUAUGACAUUGACGGGUUUCCUACCCUCAAGCUCUUUAUACAUGGUGUUCCCAUGGACUACUAUGGACCAAGGAAAGCAGAUUUACUUGUUCGCUUCCUGAAAAAGUUUGUUGCUCCUGAUGUCUCUGUUCUUGUUUCAGAUUCUGCUAUAAGUAGCUUUGUUGAAGCAGCUGGCACUCAUUUUCCUAUAUAUAUAGGAUUUGGCUUGAAUGAGUCCAUGAUAUUAAACUUAGCCAUCAAAUACAAGAAAAAGGCAUGGUUUUCAGUGGCAAAGGAUUUUUCAGAGGAUGUGAUGGUGGCUUAUGACUUUGAUAAGGUUCCUGCUUUGGUAUCUCUUCAUCCUAGUUACAACGAGCACAGUGUCUUCUAUGGCCCCUUUGAUGGAGAAUUCUUGGAGGAUUUUAUGAAACAAACCUUGUUCCCUCUGGCUUUGCCCAUAAAUUAUGAUACGCUGAAGUUGUUGAAAGAUGAUGAUAGGAAAAUUGUUCUGACAUUUGUGGAUGAUGAGCUUGAUGAGAAGUCAAAGAAAUUGAUUAACUUAUUGAAGGCUGCUGCAUCUGCAAAUCGCGACUUAGUAUUUGGUUUCGUUGGGAUCAAGCAGUGGGGUGAAUUUGCUGAUUCUUUUGGGGCUAAUAAGAAGACAAAACUGCCAAAAAUGGUUGUUUGGGAUGGAGAUAAUCAGUACUUUGAGGUUAUUGGUUCAGAAAGCUUUGACGAGAUGGAUCAAGGUUCCCAAAUCACUCGAUUCAUUGAAGGGUAUAAAGAAGGAAGAACAAUAGAGAAGAAAAUUGGUGGUCCAUCGCUGAUAGGCUACAUCAAUUCACUAAUCGGGAUCAGAACUGUGUACAUUAUAGUUUUUGUGGUUGCAGUCAUGAUGAUUAUCCAAAGCAUCAAUAAAGAAGAACCUCUAACCAUUGGUAGUGGAGAAGACCAGAGUGAUCAGGCUUGGAGCUCUUCCCUUACUGAUGAAAGCAGAGAGGAAUAUCGGCCCAGAGACAAGGAAGAUUAAGAUGAGGCUAUUGUCGAUACUGGAUUUGGAGGAGGAUGGUAUGUAACCUUUGAAUGCUCUUAAAAGGAAAAUUUGCAGCAUGUGAAGAGUAUUUGGGAGAAACACAAUGUGGCUAUUUGUGCUUGAAUGGAGAGUGAUAAAUUGCCAUGAAUUUGAUUGCAUUCAGUGUAGGGCAUUUAAAUUUUAGAACAAACCCCCCAGCAUUAUAUUAUGAAUACUUCAUCUCUCCUUAAUGUAUCAAUUUUCUUGAAUACGGAUGCGAGUAUAGUAGUUUGAAACGUUUAGUGGAAUUGUCCACAGUAAUAUGAAGAUUUGUAGGACUGAAAAUAAUUGUAAUAUUACUCAGGCUCAGCAGAGUCCAAGAUUUAGAUUUGGGAGCAAGCUAUGGUGGAAGGAA